GAUUGGAUCUCUCGUGAGUGCGGCCAUGACAGGAGAUUCAAAGGAGGAAGCUGAUACUUUGGGGGACCACAAAGUGGCUGAACUAGAAGAGAAGCUGCCUGACCAAAUCCAGUCCCUCAAAGAGGAAGCUGCUGUUCGGAUAAGCAACUACCAUGUACCUCAAGGAGCAGGGGAUAUAGUCAUGAUCCAGUCAGACCACACUGGUGCUGUGGAUAUUCUUUCAGCUGAGCUGGAGACUGCAGACCUCCUUGGGGAGCAGAGGAAAGUUCAGCCUCCCCCUCUGGCUCCACCCACCAUGUGGACCACUGAGAAGACAAAGGAAUUCAAAGCCAAGAUGGGAAAGGAGAAGAACGGCCGGAUGGUGGUGAAGCGAGGCGAGGUGGUGACAGUCCGCGUGCCAACCCAUCCUGAUGGGAAAUGCAUUUGCUGGGAGUUUGCUACAGAUGACUAUGACAUUGGGUUUGGAGUCUAUUUUGACUGGACCACGAUUACUAGCACUGCCAUUACUGUUCAGGUCAGUGAAUCCAGUGAUGAGGAGGAUGAAGAGGAAGAGGAGGAAAUUGAAGGACUUUCUCCUGUUGGUGACGUGGAAAGGGGCUCCAAAAGCUAUCUGCGGAACCGCUAUGGAGAGAUCAUGCCUGUAUAUCGGAGGAACAGCCAUCGGGAGGUGCAGGCAGGCAGCCACGAGUACCCAGGCGAGGGCAUCUACCUGCUGAAAUUUGAUAACUCAUACUCUCUCCUCCGCAAUAAGACUCUGUUCUUUCAUGUCUAUUACACUAGCUGAAGAAAGGGGAAGGGGCAGGGAUGGCAGGCAGGUAAUGGUGAAUGUAGCAGGCUGCCACCCAGCCCUGGUACCGCCUGAUGGGCACUGCUGUGUGACAGAACCAAGGCAAAUUCUGCCGGCUCCUCUUCAGACACUAACUCGUUUCUCCCCACACCAUCCUUCCCUGCUGUCCCAGUGGAGAAAGGUAGUUGUGACUGCCUAGUUGUCCACAGGCAGCGGCUCUUUCUGUAAAACUUCGUGAGGUCUGCUCUGUGCAGGCAUGAAGCUGGGCCUUCAUGUCACAGCCAGUAAAUGCCAAAAGCCAGGUUCAGGUGGUUGUGGCUUCGAUCUGUUGUGCUGGUACGAAAUGAAGUGAAAAUAUUCUUGAUCUGUUACUAUUUUGUGAAUAACUU